GAUCAUCGCUCCUACGCUGAGCUCUACGCUCUCGCUGCUGUCACGACCCACGACGACCUACUAUCCUUAUUCUUGGCGACAACUGUAUGAACACACUGUAUCCAUGCGCAACCACCUACGACGAUGCCUGGUCGUCCUCGCGCUCGCGCGUGAGUUCUGCCUCGCGUACUCGCCCGAUCCUAGAUGGGGGCAAGCCGUCGCCGUGGUCGACGACGUGCUCUUCGUCCAGGGCGGCAGGACCGACCAGUACAAUCAAUAUGCAUACUCGUCCGCACCACCGGUAAACGACAUGCUCGCUCUCCCCCUCACAUCAUCCUUCUCCCUUUCCUCCGUGCCAUGGGACUACGUCUCUGGCUGCUCAAACUGUUCCUCAUCUCAAGGUCCGGCCGUCGCCUGGCAUACCCUCUCCCCGCUCAACACCUCGUCUCUCCUCGUCUUCGGCGGCGACCUCGGCCCGAACUCGCUCAUCACCCUGCCCGAACAGCCGGACUCCGCCGCUCUCGUGAACAUCACGAGCAUCACGAAGCCCGUAUGGAGCACUGAGGGCGAGAGCUGGGCGCAGGAGCCGCUGCGGAGGAUGUACCACUCCGCGUCCGCCUCUGGCGGCAAGGUGUACAUCGUAGGCGGGCAGAAGACGGACGGCUCCGGCAACGCGUUCGCGACGCACUACGUGUUCGACCCGAGCGGGCCCUCGUUCAAGCAGUUGCCUUCGACGAACGAACCACCUGCUAUAUACGGUCACGCUUCCGUCGUCCUGUCUGACGGGCGUCUGCUCGUGUUCGGCGGCUACAAUGCGAACAGCAGUGAACUGGUGCCGUUCACCACUAUCUGGUCGCUCUGCACGACAUGUGCGAACCCAAGCUGGAGCACGGUCGACGUCAAGUCGUCCAGCGUACCGACCGGCCGCCGCGGCUUUGCUGCCGCACUCGUCGAUGACGGGAAGAUCGUAAUCCAGGGCGGCGCAGACGCGAGUAUGCAAACUGUAUACAGCGAUGGUUAUAUACUGGACACCACGCAGGACCCCAUGGAGUGGAGCGAGGUCAGUGCAUUGUCCCAGCUUGGUCUACGCCGGGAUCACUUCGCCGUCGGGCUCGGGUCAUACGUGCUCUUCGGAUUCGGCUACCAGUCCGGCGGCCCCGCGUCGACCGACCUCUUCUUCUUCGACACCUCCAAGAGCACGUUCGUUUCGUCAUACAGCCCGCCCGGCGCCGUGACGUCUCCCACGACAACCACACUCUCCGGCCCAAAGCCCACAUACACGACCGUGACCAACUCCGGCACUGGGCCUAGCCAAGGGUCUGGCACCGCCACUGGCACCCCCGGGGGCUCUGGCUCUCUGGGAUCUGCAGACCCCACGUCCACGGGAGGCGGUAACGGGAGUGGCAGCGGGAGCGGCUCAGGCUCGGGCUCAGGCUCGGGCUCAGGUUCGGGCAACGGCGACCCCGCAGGCGACGCCUCGUCGGGGAGCCACCACGCGACGUCCAUCGCGCUUGGGACGAUCUUCGGCGUGCUGGGCCUGCUCGUCGGGACCACCGCCGCGGUGUGGUACUACCGCCGCUCGCACUCGCAGGAGCGCUUCCACCCGCUCGCCGCGUCGGGCGACACGGACGACGCGGACGGGGACCUCCCCAUGGCGGGCGGGUACAGGGAGAAGGCCGUCCCGCACCACCCCGUCGUGCAGACCGUCAAGAACACGCUGAGUACCAUCGUGCCGGGCCUCGCGGCCGUGGCCGUCCCGCACGGCGCGCGCAGAGAUAUGCUCGCGGACGAGGAUACGAGGCACUUCGAUGAAGCGUAUGGCGUGCGGAGGGAUGCGAGCACGGGGGGCUCGUCCUGGAGCUCGGGUGGCAGGCGGCCGACGUGGGGCAGCGUGAUGCAUGGCAGCCUGGCGUCGUUGCGCACUGUGGGCGGUGCGGUGCUCGGUUAUGCGUCGGGGCACAGGCCGUAUGGCCCGAGACGUGAAGGAAGCGGCGCGAGCUCGUGGUGGGAGAAGGGGACGUACUCUGACGAGCCGAGUGCUGCUGCUCUUAUGGGCGCCGCCGCCGUCGGUGCUGGUAAGCCCUCCAGGCCGAGGGGCGGGAGGCAGCCGUCUGGUGCAACCAUGACCAGUUCGCAAUAUGAGGAUCCUUUCGCUGACUUCGAGGUGGAGAGCUUCAGGCUCCCGCAGGAGUAUCUCGAUUCGGACUCGGACGACGAUCUAGAGAAGGGCAUAUCUGACCUCGAUUUGACCGACCCGCCGCCACUGCCAUACGCAUACAUCCGCCCCCCACAAGCUGCCUUCGGCAUGGUAGAUCUGACGCGCCUCUCGCCCGUCUCCGAGCAACCCUCGAUACCCACCCUCUCCCGCAUGAGCGCCUCCGACACCUCGCACGGCUCACACAGCAGCUCUCCUACGCCCAUCAACAACACCUCAAAUGCCUCUCACAGCAGCACCUUCGUGCAGGAGCCCUCGCGGAGCUCGCACGAGUCGCGCCCUGUGCGCCCGACGUCCAUCCUCGACGCGAACCCGUCGAGCGAGCCGAUGCGCCGCUCGAACUCGUGGUGGCUCCGCUUCGCGAAGACGCCGCUGCUCGACCGCCGCGGGAGCGACGCGAGUCGUGCGCGCCGCGGGAGCAGCGCGAGCGGGCUCAUCGACUUCCGCGACCCACAGCCGCACCCGCCGCGGCUCGCGCUCAUCGAGGAGUCCACCCACUCGCGCACGCAGACAGGCGAGGAGGGCCGGCGCCGCGACCUGUACGCGAGCACGGCGCACGGGCGGUCCGCGUCGUCGCUGCAGACGGCGCGCACGGCGGACUCGGAGAUGAUCGAGAGGAUGGGGCGCACGAUGGACAUCGUGCAGAAGGGCAGCACGGUGAGCAGCCACUCGAGCGGGCCGAGCAUGGCGAGCGUCGACGAGGGCACGGGGCCCGAGCCCGGCGCGCGCAAGACGUCGCUCACGUCGACGAUCCUCGAGGACGACGCGAGCCCGCAGGAGGUCGGCCUCCGCGGCGUCAUCGCGAGCCCGACCGAGAUGAGCGCGGCAGAGGCGGAGGCUGCGUGGCCGACGUUCCCUUCCCCGCCCGUGUCGCCCCGGUCGAGUCCUCCAAAGCGGCCGACGUCCGGCCAGGUGGCCUCGAGAGUGCAGGCGUAUGAGCGGCGGAUGUCGGUGGCGGAGGGCGAUGCGCCUGCGCCUGCGCGCGCGACGAAAAAGGACCGGUCGAGCGUGUACACGGUUGCGCCGAGGCCGCCGCUGUUCGUCGCGAACCCCGAUCAUCGACAGCGCGGGUCGGGCGACUCUGGGAGCACGUCAUGAUCUGCACGGUGCUGCUUUUCGAGCCCACGGUGCGCUUCGCCGGGGCUGCUGACGAUGUAUUGUGUGAGGCGGAUUCGCCUUCUCCCGUCUCCGUAGACUGUUGGGGAUACAGUAUACCAUAUGGACUUGCGUCUGCGCGGACGACAUUUCUAAUGACCCUUUGUGCUUCUGCUUCUGUAUUUGUUUUUUUUUUCAUAUCCGUGUUUGUGCUCAUGACUGACGACCACUGACGACUUCUUGCAUUAUUCUUCAGACGUUAUGAGUAGGUAGUAUCACAAUGAGCCAUGUGUUGUUUGUACUGUUUUUGUUGCUGCCAGUGUAGCUGAAGUUUUUCUAACGAAGACAAAUAUAUCUUACGCUACUUCUUC